AUGGGGUUCGGUGAUUUCAACUCGAUAUGCGAAAAGACACCGUUGCCGCUGUGCCUCCUGGUAGGCCCGGCCUCGUCGAUCUCCGGUGCCACGGGCAUCAUCUCGAACUGCUAUGCGCGAAACAUUGAGGUCGCCAAUACCAUCAUCUUCGAGGGUGCUGCUUCCUUCAUGCACAUCAUCGCUCUUGGCAUGACGGUGAUUAUGAUCCUACAUAUUCGAUCCAAGUUCACUGCCGUCGGCCGCAAGGAAAUCAUUACCUUCUUCUACAUCUACCUGGCUCUCACAAUCUGCUCUCUUAUCAUCGAUGCGGGUGUGGUUCCCCCUAGGAGUGGUCCGUUCCCGUAUUUCGUAGCAGUGCAGAGUGGGCUGACAUCCGCCUUGUGCGCUUGCUUGCUUGUCAACGGUUUCGUGGGGUUCCAGUUGUACGAAGAUGGCACGGCACUAUCCGUAUGGCUGGUCCGAAUCAGCUCCGCCGCGAUGUUUGCUAUGACCUUUGUGAUUGCCCUGCUGACCUUCAAGUCAUGGGGUGGACUUGGACCCUCGAACACUAUUGGCUUGUUUGUGGUGCUUUACCUACUCAACGCCAUUGCUGUGGCUAUCUAUGUUGCGAUGCAGCUGUUGCUUGUUGCCAACACCCUGGAUGAUCGCUGGCCUCUGGGACACAUCUCUUUUGGUCUGCUGGUCUUCAUCAUCGGACAGGUUCUGCUCUACGCAUUCAGUGAUACCAUUUGCAACAACGUGCAGCACUAUAUGGAUGGCCUGUUCUUCGCAACUUUCUGCAAUCUGCUUGCGGUAAUGAUGGUCUACAAAUUCUGGGAUUCGAUUACCAAGGAAGACUUGGAAUUCUCAGUGGGUGUCAAGCCAAACACUUGGGAAGUAAAGGAGCCCCUUCCCGAGGAAGACCGACGCCAGACCGUCUAUCAAGACACCAACUCCGAAUAUGCUGGCAGCAUGUACCACCACCGCCAGUCGGCAUAUGGUCAUAACAACUACUAG